GGACUUCCUGUGCCAGCCCAUUUCCUGGUCGGAUGGGGCCGGCUGGGGGCGGCGGCGCUGGGGUCGGUCCCUGACGGGCUCGGUGGCCGCCGGGAGCUCCGCCAAGCAACGAUGCGGGCCCCGGGCCCUGAGCGCAGGCGGCCCCCGCCGUGACUCGCCGCGGGCAAGCCGGUGGGGCUGCGGCAAGGCCGGCCGGCCCCGGGUGCCGCUGCGCGGGUGCAUGGAGGAGGCAGCCCCCGCCCGCAGAGAGGUACCGGGCAGGGGGCCCUGUCAGGGGCCCUAUCAGUCGGGGCUCCCCUGAGGGGGCUGCGGCGGCCAGGCCUUCGCCUUCCCGCUGUCCCCGCUGCGGUUUUGCAGGCGUGAGUCCCCCGGAGAGCGCCGCGCCGGCUCCGCUCGGCCCCGCCAGGCGGGCGGCCCCGGGCCCCCCUCAGCCGAGCGCCACAAGGAAGGGGGCUCGGGACCUUAAAAACAGCAUCGCCCCCACAAGCGGGCAGCCGCUGCCGCUGUCUCCUGAGAAAUGAAGAAGUUUUUCGACUCGCGUCGGGAGCAGGCUGGCUCUGGCCCUGGGUCGGGCACCAGCGGCGGCGGCGGCAGCAGCAGCGGCCCCGGCAGCGGCUACAUCGGUCGGGUCUUCAGCAUCGGCCGCCACCAGGUGACGGUGGACGAGGUGUUGGCGGAAGGGGGCUUUGCCAUCGUGUUCCUGGUGAGGACCAGCAAUGGGGUGAAGUGCGCCCUGAAGCGGAUGUACGUCAACAGCGAGCACGACCUGCAGGUGUGCAAGAGGGAGAUCCAGAUCAUGAGGGACCUGGCUGGCCACAAGAACAUCGUUGGCUACAUUGACUCCAGCAUCAACUCGGUGAGCAGCGGAGACGUGUGGGAGGUGCUGAUCCUGAUGGACUUCUGCCGAGGGGGCCAAGUGGUGAACCUGAUGAACCAGCGGCUGCAGACAGGCUUCACCGAGGGGGAGGUGCUGCAGAUCUUCUGUGACACCUGCGAGGCCGUGGCCAGGCUGCACCAGUGCAAGACCCCAAUCAUCCACAGGGACCUGAAGGUUGAGAACAUCCUGCUGCAUGACCGCGGCCACUACGUCCUCUGUGACUUUGGGAGUGCCACCAACAAGUUCCAGAACCCUCAGACAGAAGGGGUGAAUGCAGUGGAGGAAGAGAUCAAAAAGUACACUACCCUGUCCUACAGAGCACCAGAGAUGGUCAACCUGUACAGUGGCAAACUCAUCACUACAAAAGCAGACAUCUGGGCCCUUGGCUGCUUGCUGUACAAGCUGUGUUACUUCACCUUGCCCUUUGGGGAGAGCCAGGUGGCCAUCUGCGACGGCAACUUCACCAUCCCGGACAACUCGCGGCACUCGCAGGACAUGCACUGCCUGAUCCGGUACAUGCUUGAGCCAGACCCUGAUAAGAGACCUGAUAUUUAUCAAGUCUCCUACUUUGCAUUCAAACUGGCAAAGAAGGAAUGCCCAGUGCAGAACGUCCAGAACUCUCCAAUCCCUGCUAAACUCCCAGACCCAGUGAAAGCAAGUGAAGCUGCUGCAAAGAAGAGUCAACCCAAGGCCAGGCUGACAGACCCCAUCCCCACGACAGAGACGUCCAUCGCACCCCGGCAGAGGCCCAAGGCGGGGCAGACGCAGCCCAACCCUGGCAUCUUGCCCAUCCAGCCGGCCCUGACGCCCAGGAAGAGGCCCACGGCGCAGGCGGCCGUGCAGCCGCAAGCAGCGGCGGGGCCUGCGGCCCUGGGCAGCGGGCAGCCUCCGCUCCCUGCCGCCGGCCCCCAGCAGAAGGCGGCUCCCCAGCAGCCUCCGGCCCAGCCGCAAGCCAAGCCGGCGGCGGCUCCGCAGCAGCAGGGCUCGCAGGGGCAGCCCCAGGUCCCUUCCACUCAGCCGCAGGCCACCCCUCAGCAUCAGCAGCAGCUUUUCUUGAAGCAGCAGCUUCUGCAGCAGCAGCAACAGCAGCAGCAACAGCAGCAGCAGGCUGCCUACUACCAGCAGCAGCAGCAGCUGAUGCAAGCUCAGCAGUUCCCAGUGAUGCAGCAAGGAGCAGUGGCACAGCAGCAGCUGAUGCAGAACUAUUACCAGCAGCAGCAGCAGCAGCUGAUGGCCCAGCAGGCAGCCAUGCAGCAGAAGACAGCAGCAGCAGCAGCAGCAGCUCAGCAGAAGUCCCAGGCGCCGGCGCAGCCCCAGGCCCAGCCAGGCACGGCCCAGCCAGCACAGCCCCAGGAGCAAGGGGUGCAGGCAGGGAUGAGGCAGCAGCAGCAGCCUCAGAGCAGCCCUCCUGCAGCAGUGCAGGGGCAGAAGCUUGGCUCUCUCACCCCUCCCUCCUCCCCCAAGACGCAGCGGGCAGGGCACCGGAGGAUCCUGAGCGACGUCACCCACAGUGCAGUCUUUGGGGUUCCAGCCAGCAAGUCAACCCAGCUGCUGCAGGCAGCUGCUGCUGAAGCCAGCCUCAACAAGUCCAAGUCUGCUUCCACCACUCCCUCGGGCUCCCCAAGGACCUCCCAGCAGAAUGUCUAUAACCCUCCUGAUGUCUCCUCCUGGAACCCCUUCGACGAUGACAACUUCUCCAAGCUGACUGCUGAGGAACUGCUCAACAAGGACUUUGCCAAGCUGGGCGAGGGGAAAGCUCCAGAGAAAAUGGGCAGUUCCACAGAGAACUUGAUUCCAGGCUUCCAGCCUGCCUCAGCUGCAGCCCAGCCAGAUGCUUUUGGUGGCUCUUCCUUCACUGCUGGCUCAGCAGCUGAGAAAGCAAAAGACAUCCUGGGUUUGGACACCAGCCCUUCCCUCCUGACUGUGCCUGAUCCUUUCAUUCCUCUCCCGCUAUCCGACACGCCAGAGAAACUGAUUGAGGGCCUGAAAUCUCCUGAGCCUGCGCUGCUGCUGCCCGAGCUGCUGCCCCUGGCUGACCCCUUCGGUAGCACCUCAGACACUGGCAAUGGAAAAGCUGAGGUGGCUGUGGAGAGCCUGAUCCCGGGGCUGGAGGCUCCGCUGCCCCAGCGCCUGGCGUCCCAGAGCGAGUCGCUGGCCUCCAACAGGACAGACUCACUCACUGGGGAGGAUUCACUGCUUGACUGUUCUCUGCUUUCUAACCCUGCUGCUGACCUCUUGGAUGAGUUUGCUCCUGUAGCUUUCACAGCUCAGCCUCACAAAGGUCUGCAGAGGGACCCUGCCCUCUUCCCAGCUGUGGCUCUCGACCUCUCCAAAGGGCCUCCUGGCGGCGAUGGCCUCGCUCCGUGCAGGGGGCAGCCUGAGGUGCUGGAGGGGAAAGCACAGCAGGGCUCAGAGGCAGAGCUGCUGGCGAGGGAUGGACCCUCCAGCAACAGCUCCUUCUACAGCAGCGAGGGAGAGGGCACAGACCAGGAGGGAGACCUUCUGGACUGCAGCGGCUCCAGGCCUCUGCUGCUGGAUUCAGAAGAGGAGGAGGAAAGCUGCAAGCUGUGCCCAGGCUUCCUGCAGGCUGCACCCAAGGAGCGACGUGAGGCCUCCAAGGAAGGUGGCCAGCCCCAGCCCUCCCAGCCUGGAGCAGGGGAGGUGCUGUUCCCUGCCUUCCAGUCCCACACAGGGGAGGUUUUCAACGAGCCAGACGUGUUUGCCACGGCUCCCUUCCGGAGCUCCAGGAGGGUGCCCGACGAUGUGGAUGUCUUCUCCAAAGCUCCUUUCGUCUCCAAGGGCAGCCUGGCUCCCAGGCAGCCAGAAGAAGCAGAUGUCUUUCUGAGAGCCCCUUUCACUAAAAAGAAGAGCCUGGAAGAGUUGACUUCCCAGGGGGUGGCUAAGGAGCCCUUCCCGCCGCCCGUCUUCCGGAGCCCGGGAGGGGACGUCCAGCCCAGGGCCGCGUUCCCAGCCUCGGCCAGAGCUCAGUAUCCCUCUGCCGGCUUUGCUCAGCCAGGCAACCUCCAUCCCUCCUCUGUCAGAGCUGCGGAGCCCCCAGCCCCCGGCCCUUCCCCAGGGGUGCUGCAGGAGCAGGCUGGCGGCGAGAGGAGCCAGGUGGCGGCGCAGGAGGCCGCGCUGGGCUCCGUGCCCAACAAACCCUUCCGUCCGCAGUCCCUCUCCAAGUACUCCAGGCACUACGGCCCGGAGGAUGGGCAGGGGCUGGAGGCCAAGCCCAUAGCUGCUUACAAAGUGAUUUCUCAGACCAACAGACAGGUGAUAGCAGGAUCUGUCUCCAUCACCCCUUUGUCUUCCAGGACUACAGAGCUGCCCGGUGCUGAUCCCUUCGCCUCUGCUCCCUUUCCUUCCAAAGUGGGGAAGCAAAAGCCUUAA